AUGUCCGUCCCACAGGACCUCCUAGACGGAAUAUCGGGCGCCCUAGCAAGAGAAGGCAACAUCCUCCAAAUGAUCCUAGUAACAUUCAUCGGCCUAUCCUGCUACAACGUCGCCGAAUUAGUCGUCUUAGUCCUAGCCACCUUCCGCCGCUGGCGCGGUCUAUACUUCUGGUCUCUCCUCGCCUCGGGCUGUAUAGGCGUAGUGCCAUACUCAAUCGGCUUCCUGAUAAAAUUCUUCACACAGACCGACUCCGUCCUCUCAGUGACGGUCUUGACAAUCGGGUGGUGGACAAUGGUCACAGGCCAAUCGGUGGUUCUGUAUUCGCGACUGCAUCUCGUUCUCCGGGAUGAACGUGUCCUGCGACGAGUACUUCGGCUUAUCAUUUUGAAUUUCUUCCUGUUGCAUAUUCCUACUACGAUUUUGACGUACGGCGCGAAUAUAGUUCAUAGUGGUGAUAUGUCUUGGGUCAAGGGGUAUAACAUCAUGGAGAAGAUUCAGUUGACGGGGUUUACAUUGCAAGAGGGUUUGCUGUCGACAUUGUAUGUCAUUGAAACGGUCAAGCUACUGCGACUCGGGGCAGAUGUUUCUGCGCGCCCGGAUUCGAGGACGAUAAUGUACCAUCUGAUCGGGAUAAACUGCGCGAUUAUGAUCAUGGAUCUUGUCCUGCUGAGUUUGGAAUACGCCAAUUUCUAUGCUGUGCAGAUUACCCUGAAGGGGUUUGUAUACUCGCUCAAGUUGAAACUGGAGUUUGCAGUGCUGGGUCGAUUGGUUGAUCUCAUUCAGGGAUCCCGACAUCCGAUUUCUGUGACUAUCGCCGAUACACUGCCUCUUUGCACGAUACAGCGGCCCAUUGGAACGCCGGAUCGAAGUGAGGAUCCGCAGUGUGAGGAGACUGAACCGAAGGAUUUCUUGGCUGAGUCGCAUGGAGCGAGGAUCGUUCAGAGGAGAGUCUUUGUGGAAGCUCUGAGCGUAUGA